AUGGCUGCUACUCCACCCGCGAAAACGAGGCCAUAUCGACGAAUCUUGACGUCAACACUGCAUCGCAGAUUUGUCCAUGCCUCCGCUUUUUCUCUUCUUGUCUGCUAUGUCGUAGCAUUUUUUAUUGGCACCAAGACCUCUCUCUUCUGGUCCUGGUUUCCGCUGGGCGCCUGCGGCUUUCGAACAUUGCUUCUCUUCAUUUCAAGUCUAUCGAUAUUCAUCCUUCGCGUGGGCCAGCUGCAUAUCGGCGCUAGCACUACCGUCUCACUCUUCAAAUCAUGGAGGCAAACGACAUUCUCGCUCAGACUCGUCCAGACUUUUGCCUGGUACAUGUUUUCGGCCUGGUGGUUUAGCGAAGUAUACAUCUGGUCGGCAUCACUUAAUGAACAGCUGAACUGGGUGAACCCUGGACGAUCGUUCGAACGAGCGCGGCUCAAUGAACGGCCAAUAUACCUCCAUUGCUACUAUUUCCUUCUCGCAGUGGGCCAGGCGACCUUACAUUUAUACUACGACUGGGAUCAGCUGUAUAUUCCAGUCGCAAACCGCGCCGAAAAACCCGAAGACCAACGAACCCAUCCACUGGAGCCAUUGCUUCAUUCCCUCACGAAGUCUGCACCACAAAUUCUUCGCCUAGCUUUGUUUCAGACAGCUGUAACUUCAGUUCUAGGUCUUCCUUUCUAUAUACUAUUUUUGAGGAAAACGGCUUGGGGUUUUACGCUCUACUUCGCAAAGAUGUUUUGGAAUUUUCCUAGAUCCGCGCAAGAUCCCCCGGGUAUCAUUCCGCCAUUACACAUAAGUUUUCUACUUAAAGCAGCAGUGUCUGGUAUCCUGUUGAUCGUACUGUGGCAGACAUCCAACCUACUUUUUUCCGUGCUCCUAGGCCAAGCACCGCUCAAAAAAGGUAUGCCCUUGACAAACGAGGCAAAAGACCCUAAUGGGAGCUUGAUAAAUGGCUUGAAGGCGAAAAAUGGGCCGGUGGUUGCGUUUUCGUUAUGGGAGCUAUGCCUUAUCAGUCAACAAUUCCCCGACCGUCGGAAAGGGAUAUUUAGUGAUAUUGACCGUGAGGGCGGGCCGGCGUGGAGUCAGGUCCUAGACACAAGCGCAAGUGUUAUAAAAGGGAUGACUACUCGAAUUUCGCAAUUUGAAGCUCCCCCUGCGCCGCCUGCUGCUCCAGCUCCCGAAUCCAAAGACCCAGCUCCAGCGACGACAACAACAGAAGGCCAGUUAUACCCAACACUGCCCCGGCUAACGGCCGCACCCAAGGAGGACAACAUCUUCCUGCCGCCGGUCAGGGGAAAUAGCAAACCAGAGCAGUUUGAAGCGGCGUUUGGAUCUAUGGCCAAAAGCUAUGGCCAGAGUGAGGACUGGACACCCAAUGCUAGAGCCAAAGCACGUCAGAUGUUUGAUCGGGCCUCUGCGGUGAUACUAAGUCCGGAGCAAAAGCGAAGACUUACGGCGUCCGCCCAAGACUUAAAGCUGCUUGCUAGUCCCCAAGCAGAAGCCGGGAGCUCUCGACUGACGGUUCACCCCCUUCUGCAGAAGGCCCUGCGAAGCCCAUUGGGCAUUCUCUUCCGGCGGCCAUAUGCCCGACGGCUGCGCGAGGUGGUUCUCGGCUCGCCGUACGAGCAACUGGUGCCCAUCGUCGACGCUGUGGAGGUGCUGACGAGGCUACUCGUGGCCAGUUUGGCCGAAGAUCAGUUUGGGAAAGUACAGAACGACGUGCCGGCGGUAAUACGGCUGUUUACGGAGAGCAUUCUGGCUCUGGAGGGAUUUGUCAGUGAAAAGGGGCUGAAGGUUCACUGGACAGACGUCGACUUCCCGGCCGAUUCUGCACCCGAGGCGCAGCGGAGGGACGCACGCCGGGUUGACGAGGUGGAGAUUGUGCUGGGAGCGCUGAAGACAGGCCUGAAAGAGCUGCUGGGUGCGUUCCGGCUAUACCUCAAGGAGGUGGGUGUUGUGGGCAAAGACCUCCGGAUGGCAAGGCAGGCUGCUGGGCUCUCCGCGUUGGAGUAA